GUGGGAUGUCCUGGAUGUCAACGAUGGGCUUAUGGAGAGCUUUCCUCCGCCGAAGGAGUAGUCUGAUGGUGUAGUCCGAUGGAGUAGCUUCCGCGAGCAAAUGACUAGGAAAAGUUUUGUGAUUUGUUGGCGUUUUGGCUUGGAACCGGCAUGCUGUAUCGUGUACGGACGCGUGGGAGGGCGCUGUAUGGAUGUAUUCAAGACGGAUCUUACCGCUAGUAUCAAAUCCAUUGUAUCUCCAACCACUGCGUGUCUUGCAUCUCCAACCACUAUAUCUAUAACAUCGAACAAAUCACGUGUCGAUAUAUCCCACUGCGUAUCCUGAAGGAACGUGCGGAUCGCGCGGUACACCGCACACGGCACACG